AACGGUGAAUACCAAAACUUGGCAAUCAUUGUCCUCCACCUCUUUCGUCUCCAACUCUACUCCCACCAAAAUAUACUCCCAAGAAAUUUACCUCACCGGAAUCUUACCGGAAAUUGUACCAAUCUCCUCUCUUUAUGGUUGAUUUCAACAUCGUAAAGGGAUUUUAAGUUCAUAGAGUUUCAGGACUAGCUUUGAUGGGUGUUCGAAGAUACGGAUUCUUGUUCAAGGAGGCAAUCUUGGCCGUAAGUUGGCUAGUGAGCUCACUAGAGAGAUUCCAGUGAAUAUAAGCAAAAUCGGAUAGUGGCUUCGAAGAAUUAGAUGGAAUCAAGAAGUUUUAGGCCUGAAUCACAUGUAGCACAGCAAAGCCGGAGAGAUAAGUUGAGAGGUCAACAAAGUUUAACCUCAGUUCAGUAUUUAGAUGACUACCCUAAAGGUUUGGCACGUGUAUCUGUCAAUCCAGGGCUAAGCCCAGAUCUUGUUCACGUUCGAAAUAUUAGGAAUGACAAUACGAUUUAUGAUUCCACUAUGUUUUCCCCAGAAAUUCUCAAUUUUGCAACAAGUUCUCAUGUACUAUCAGCUCCUAAAGUUUCAAUUGUUGAUCAAGAACUAGGUGCAGUACCGCUCAAUAGGCCUAUCCUCGCUGAGGAUUCUUCUUUCACUGGUAUGACGUCUCACCCAGUUUUAUCCAACUUCAAUGCUUCACACAAGGCCAGUAGCUGUGACCCACAAGGUUGUGGUAAUUGGAGAAGCCUUGACUCACAGCAAAGUUAUGAUUUGAUGGUGAAUUAUGCAGGUGGAUCAGUAGGUGGGGAAAGAAAUCAGAAACCUGUGUUUGUUGGGGAAGUCUUGUCAAAUAAUGCAAGGGUAAGCAACAUUUCAACAUCUAGACAAUAUUUGAUGCCUAGUUACAAUGGAAACCAGAAUGUUCAGCUUCCAUCUACGUUAAGAAAUACCUUUGGUGAAAUUUCAAGUGAAGAUAGCAUCAAGCAGUUGAGGGUGAUGCAGGUUCCUUCUCUUCCACCUUAUCAAAACGCAGCCCAAGAUGUCAUUCCUUCUGGUUGUUUUAGGCCCAUAAUGAAUGAGCGCGUUCUCCAUCCAUCAUUUGUAACUGAUUCAACUGCUUCACAUUUUGAUAAUAACGGCAGUACAUGGAUGAGCAGACCACUCGAGAACUACCAUCACUGGAGUACUGGUGAGUUGGGUCUUGUUGAAAGGACGAGUGACCAAGAGAUGAUGACUAUUACUAGUGAUGCUAAUAAUCAGGGUUUAUCUUUGUCGCUUUCAUCAAUUAAUCCACCAUCUAAAGUUGAAGUUGCCCAUUUUGGAGAGGAAUGUGCAUCUGAACAUUUACAAUUGAAGGUGGCCGAUCGUGUUUCCCAAGAAUCUCAUCAAGAUUCAAAAUUUUUCAAGUCGAGUUCUCUGUGUGCUUUGCCGAAGCCAUCAAUUAUGAAUAAAAGUUGUGGAAAAUCGAUUCAUAACAUCGUGGGGACUUCUACACAUGCGCUUCGGAACACUGGUCCUCUUGGACCUUUCACUGGAUAUGCAACUAUUCUAAAGAGUUCAAAAUUCUUGAAGCCAGCUCAGCAACUGCUGGAAGAAUUCUCUAGUACAGGUCCAAAACACACGAGAACAUUUGAGAUGUCUGAUGAUCAAGUUACUGCUCCAGCUUUGGCUGACAUUAUUAAUGAAGCCAAUGAAAAGGCUGGAACUAACGCCAAGAAUUACUCGGGCAUCCCAUCCUCUAUAUUUUACUGUUCAAAUAAGGCAAGUAGUGGUGAUGAUGUAGGUGGAAGCGGCGGCUCUUGUGGAUCUUAUGGGCCAGAAUACCAACAAAAGAAGGCAAAGCUCCUGUUAUUGCAAGAGGAGGUUUGCAGAAGGUACAAGCAAUAUCAUCAACAGAUGCAAAUGGUGGCUUCUUCUUUCGAAUCAGUGGCUAGUCUCAGUGCUGCCACCCCGUAUGUUUCCUUGGCUCUCAAGACAGUCUCUAGCAAUUUCAGGUCUCUGAAACAUGGCAUCUCAGAGCAGCUCAAGCUCGUGACGAAAGCCGUAGGAGACGAUCUUUUCUCCCGGAAUACAGUUGCGGUGGGCAGUAAAGGUGAUACAAGUACAUCAAGGUCAAUAUACAUGGAUCAAAGCAUUCAAAAGAACAAAUCUGGUGGGGUUAGUGUGGGUUACCAUGAACCCCAACAACACAUAUGGAGGCCCCAAAGAGGCCUACCAGAACGUUCAGUUGCAAUUCUUAGAGCUUGGCUGUUUGAGCAUUUUCUACACCCGUACCCCACAGACACUGAUAAGCACAUGUUAGCUACGCGGACAGGUCUAUCUCGUAACCAGGUUUCAAAUUGGUUCAUUAAUGCCCGCGUUCGCGUGUGGAAACCUAUGGUUGAGGAAAUACAUAUGCUUGAAACAAAAGGCUCGGCUGAAAUUUCUGGAAAGAAUGAUGGAAAUUCUGCAGAGGGUAAUAUCCAGUCAAAUGAUGAGCAAACCUCGAAAAAACUUGGUACAAAUUCCAUGCUAAAUAAACAAUUGGAAUGCUCUGGUAUUGUUUCCUCUGGAAGCAGCGGUGAACAACUGGAUGAGGAGCAAUGGAGUGAAGGGAAGCAGUCAAGAGUAGAAUUUCAAGUUCCCCCCACCACCAUGGAUGGAUCAUUGAUGAAUUUUCUGCCGUAUCAGAGAAGUGGGAUUGAUAAUGGUGGAGCUGUUUCCCUUACUUUGGGUCUCAGGCAAGGUAUUGAAAAUGCGCAGCACCAAAUACAAUUGCAACAGCACAAUGGUCAGUUUAAGCAGUCAUUUGGAGGCCAGAUGAUUCAUGAUUUUGUGGGUUGAUAUAUACACAUAUAUGUCCUUUGUAUCGUCAAAUGGAAGUUGAAAUUGAAUAAUACUUGCCAUAGAAGAAUGGCUUCGUUUUUCCACCAUUUAUCUCGAAUGACAAGGCAAGUUAUCAGUGGAUAA